AUGAGUGUCUCACACCCUGCCAUGACCAAACAAGGGCACCCUGCCAUGACCAAACAAGGGCAUCCUACCAUGACCAAACAAGGGCAUCCUGCCAUGACCAAACAAGGGCACCCUGCCAUGACCAAACAAGGGCACCCUGCCAUGACCAAACAAGGGCACCCUGCCAUGACCAAACAAGGGCACCCUGCCAUGACCAAACAAGGGCACCCUGCCAUGACCAAAAAAGGGCAUCCUGCCAUGACCAAACAAGGGCACCCUGCCAUGACCAAACAAGGGCACCCUGCCAUGACCAAACAAGGGCACCCUGCCAUGACCAAACAAGGGCAUUCUGCCAUGACCAAACAAGGGCAUCCUGCCAUGACCAAACAAGGGCACUCUGCCAUGACCAAACAAGGGCACCCUGCCAUGACCAAACAAGGGCAUCUUGCCAUGACCAAACAAGGACACCCUGCCAUGACCAAACAAGGGCAUCCUUCCUAA